ACGACCUAAGCUUGAGCACCCCGACGAACGUGAGAAAUACGUUUCACACCAGUUUGCACCGCACGACGACAUCGUCUGCGGUCUGCGCUAGUCCCUCAGCACGUUCGCCUUGGUCUACGCUCUAACAAGGACUCAGCAUACGCGUUCCGACUCGCGCGAUCGCCUUCAACACGCUCUCGCCUUCCUCCGCACCGGUGCCGCCACGUGCGCUCCAUCGCCGACCGCUGCCACUUCACCAGUUGCGGCUCGCCGCGCCCUAGCCAAAGGAUCUAGCGGCGGACAGAGGAGCCCCGUUUGUGUUACACUCACGCAGCCAGUCGGCCAGUGCGUGGGGGAGCAAGCUUGUCCAAAGUGCCACACACCCAGCAGCCGCCUCUAGUGCACCACUGCCUCGUGCAGCACCUCUUUACUCCUCACCCUCUCAGUCGCCCCUCAGACAACUACUGCUUUCUGCGCCCCACUGUGUGACCCGCCGGUCUGCGCACUGCCUCACGCCACCCUCUGCUCCCCCCCACUCCUGCGCUCCCAUCGGCCCCGCGCCCUCGCUGCCGGAGCCAUGGCGGUUGAGUCCACGCCCCUCACACCCUCGGACCCUCCACCCUCCGCAGCUGCGGCGGCGCCUCAGGGGGCUGGGGCGCCUGCCUCAGGGCCGGGAGCGGCAGAGAAGGGGGGCGGCGAGGCAGAGAGCCAGGGGGGUGCAGCGGCAGCGGAGGAGAAAGGGAAUGCAGAGGCAUGGGGGCCCAAGGGGGAAGCGGCAGCAGCAGAGGGAGAGGGAGAGGAGGCAGCAGCAGCGGUGGUGGCGAAGCACCCACUGCAGCAGCGGUGGACGCUGUGGUUCGACUGCCCGCACCGUGGCAAGAGCGGCGGGUGGGGCACGUCGAUGCGGCAGAUCUACACCUUCGGCACCGUGGAGGACUUCUGGAGUCUGUACAACAACGUGAACCCGGCGUCGAAGCUGGGGCUCAAGAUGGACAUGCACCUCUUUAAGGCGGGCAUCGUGCCCAAGUGGGAGGACCCGCAGUGCGAGAAGGGCGGGUCGUGGACCGUCAUGUGCCGCACGAAGGAGAUGUUCGACCACGUCUGGCUCAACGUGCUGCUGGCGCUGAUAGGCGAGCAGUUCACGGAGGGCGCGGACAUCUGUGGCGCCGUGGCCAACGCGCGGCAGAACAAGGACCGCGUGGCCAUCUGGACCAAGACGGCCAGCAAUGAAGCGGUGCAGAUGAGCAUAGGGCGGCAGCUGAAGGAGAUCCUCAACAUCUCCGAUCGAAUUGCAUUCUCCUCCUUUGCGGAUCAGAAGGUGUCAUCCAAAGCCGGCCAGGGCUACUUCGCCUGAUGCAUUGAGCGGCUGCCCUUGUGGUCUCAAUCGUUGCUACAGCAGCUUAGUAACACAAUUUAUCGUUGGUUCUUUCUUCCACUCAUAAACACAGCUAGGGUUUUAUUUUUUAGAAAAUGCAGUCAGGUAUAGCAAACAGCUUUAUGAUAUGAUAUCAGUCUACUGAGCAUAGGUGCAAUUUACUUGCUUGCUGCCAAGCAUCACACACAAGGCUGUCGUUAUCAGGGUAUUUUACCCUGAUUCCCUGAUUUCACAGGGUAUUUUUUUGGCCAACCC